UAUGAUCCUCAGAGACGCUUCGCGGGAUCAACUAUGAUGAGACCGAAGAAGAGACUAGGAGAAACGUAGAGGAAGAAGUGAGAAGAGUCAGUGGGAGUCACGAUCUAGCAGGGUUGAAUCAUUAUUGAAACAUUGGUCCGCGUCAGUCGUGGAGAAGAUCUCGCAGAAGAUUCAAACCAUGCAGCUAUAUCUCAUUAUCCUAAUCUUCCUCGCGAGUAUGGUACUCGCGAGAUAUCAUGAAAAGACGCGUUUUGAUCGUUCCAUUCAUAACGAACACAAAAUGAAGAAUAUAGAAAAGCAAUGGUCUUUUACUGACGACGUAACGCAAUUCAUUGCAUACAAGAGUAGAAGGGAGAAUGAUUGCUAUCUUGAGAAAUUAAAACAAGAUCGAAAUGUAUCACAUAAGAAACGACAACCAAAUGUACUCUACGCAUCGACAGUCCUUACGAAAUUGGAGGCAUGGCAACUUGCUGGAGAUCGAAUUAUUGAUUUCUGCAAUGGACGUAGAAUUAUCUUGCUGCAGACAAAUAAACCAGUACCUGGGCAAACUCUCGAUCCUUUCCUAAAUGAAAUCCCUGUAGAUGAGAAUGAUAUUUUUCCAAGACGAAUAAUUGAUGUGGUUUUAACACCACUAAAGACUCGAGCAAAAAGACAAAUUCAAUUCGAACAACGGGAAAAGUCGGACGAAAAUUUCAAUCGAGUUCGACUAGUUCGUCAACAGACAAAUCAGUUUCGAGGAAAAUUUCGCGGACAAACACAAUCUCAAUACUUGAAUCUUGGUAAUCAUGAACAGAAGGAAGGCAAGGCGGAAGCUGAAGCCACUCAGCAAUCUUCGCACGCAGUAGUGAGUGGCAGUCGUGGUAUGGGUCAAGCGCAAAGUAUGUCAUCGAGUGGUCCAGGUUGUGAAGAUUGUCCUGGAUAUCCCGGCGUAGACAGAGGUCCGGAAAGGAUACUACCUACAGAUACUGAUAAAUAUGUACAAGGUCCAAGGAUUGGUGGUACACCUAUACGUCCUGGAGAAAUAACUGCAGCUUACCCUGGUAGAAUUACUCCUGGUGAACAGAUAACAUAUCCAGGUGGAAUGAUUCCUGGAAGAGUCGGUACUUAUCCCGGUAUUCCAGGAAUUUAUCCGGGAGAUAUUCAACCUGAAACUGAUAAAAUAUAUCCUGGAGGUGUUCGUCCAGAAAUUGUAACACCGAGGACUGAUAAGAUAUAUCCUGAUGGUGUCCGACCCGGAGCGGUACCAGAAGGUGUUGCAACAUAUCCUGGAGGUGUGACUCCAGAAGGUGCAAUAUAUCCUGGAGCUGUUCGACCUGGUACUGUGACUUCAGGAGUUGGUGUAACAUAUCCUACAGGUGUUCGGCCUGAUACUGUAACUCCAGGAGUCGGUGCAACAUAUCCUGGAGGUGUUCAGCCUGGCACUGUAACACCAGGAGUCGGUGCAACAUAUCCUGGAGGUGUUCAGCCUGGCACUGUAACACCAGGAGUCGGUGCAACAUAUCCUGGAGCUGUCCGGCCUGGCAUUGUGACUCCAGGAGUUGGUCCAACAUAUCCUGCAGGUGUUCGACCAGAUACUGUAACUCCAGGAGUUGGCGCAAUAUAUCCUGCAGGUGUUCAGCCUGGCACUGUAACACCAGGAGUCGGUGCAAUAUAUCCUGGAGGAGUUCAGCCUGGUACUGUAACACCAGGAGUCGGUGUAAUGUAUCCUGGAGGUAUAAGACCAGGAGAUGAUAGAAAGUAUCCACCCGGAACUUUAGUCACAGAAGAUCGUGGAUUAUAUCCUGGAGUUGUUCAGCCUGGAAGAGUUUUACCUGGGGUAACGACAGGAGUAGGUGUAGAGACAUAUCCAGAAACAAUGUAUCCACCUCGAGCCCAACUAGGACCUACCUAUCCUUCUGAUGGCAUAGUAACUACUUCGAUAACAACAGGUACUACUGCUGUCACUGGCGUUAAAGCAUAUCCAAGUGGUAUAACACCUGGGAAAGGCUUACCGGGCGUAGCAUAUCCGGGAGUUUCUGAAACAGGAAUUUACCCCGGAACUGGAACCUAUCCUGGAGGUGUCCGACCUGAUACCGUCUCAGGAAUAAGAGCCGAUACAUAUCCUAGUGGCGUUGCUCCGGGAAGAACAAUAAGUCAAGGAAUUUAUCCUGACGAACAACAAAGGGUGAUUUAUUCCGGUGGCCUUCCAUCAAGUACUUUGCCAGGACAAGUAGUCACGACCACAGGUUCAGUAGGUGCUGGUACACAAAUAAUAACUUAUCCAGGUGGUCGAACAACAGACGGACAAGCGAUUUAUCCUGGCGAUACAAUUCAACCUGGUAGAAUUCCUGAAGGAGUAAGAGGUGCUCCAGGUACUCAAGUUACGUAUCCAGUGGGCACCUAUCCCGGAAGUCCUACUAUACCAGUUACGUAUCCCGGAGGUCGUACAUAUCCUGGUACGCAACAAGUUAUUUCUCCUGACGUUACUUUAUAUCCCGGUCAAGUAGCUUAUCCUGGUGAAGUUGGCCAAGUGCCAACAUACCCAGGCGGACAAUAUCCAAGCGCAGGCACCAGAAUUCCCGAUGGAACAGGCGUACCAGGAGGUAUUCAAUACCCAAUAGGUACAACCGAAGGUCAAACAACAACUGGAGAAACAAAAACAGGUGUCACUGGUCAAUAUCCUGGUCUGUAUCCUGGUGGAAUUAGUGGUCAAGAAAUAGGAAUAGAUCAAUAUCCAAGAAGACCUUACACAGGAAUGGGUGAAACUGCAGGAACCGGAGAACCACCGCAAUAUUAUAUUGGAUCAGGUAGGCCGAUAGGUGUAAUGGACAACGGUGCCGAAUCACAAGCGUCGAGCUCGGUGCAACAAAUGGAGUCGGGUACUCAAGCGAGCGCAUCGGCCCAAGGUAAAUACGGCUCGGGUACGGCUCAAUCACAAGUGACGGGAACCUACAGCGGUUCAGGCACCUUUUCUGCCCAAGCUGGUAGCAGCGACGCUAAUAAAAGCGCUCAAGCCGAGAUUAGUGGAGGCAAAGAAGGAGCUACCAGCAAUGCGCAAGGUAUCGCUGAUCAUGGAAAAAGUCAGACGCAAGUUCAGCUGGAUUCAGAUUCUGGAGCUACUUCGACAGGCGCCCAAAGUAGCGGGUGGAAUCACGGUACUAAUUCUCAAGUACAAGCAAGCUCCAAAGGCGGAAUGGCGGACGCUCAGGCUAACGGCGAAGGCAGUACUUCUAGUCAAGCGCAAAUCGGAUUUCAGCCAUACUUGAAGAAUGAAGAUGAAAAGGUGGAGAAAAACAUGACACCAUUCCGUGGUAGCGGAACGGCUUCGGCCCAAAGCGGCACUCAUCAAGGUCAAUCCCAGUCGCAACUGCAGGGUUCCUUUCAAUACGGAAUCACCUACACCGGCGCGGCUCAAGCUGGUUCUGGAUCCGGUGCCGCAUCAUCACGGAAACCCUUCAAUUUUACCGAUUCCGAACUUUUUAAGCCUUUCAAACCGGAUUCUUUCUUAAAGAAACCGACAAAUGUCGACAGUGUGCAACCGAGUCCAUCAGCAAGUCGAAACGACGAAGACACACAAGAUAAUCGCGAGAAAGGUUUGCAGAGUAGUUCGACCUCGAAACAAACUGUUGUUGUAAGUUCCAAAGAUAAUCCAUCUAAUGAUAAAAAGGUGAAAGCUACUGAGAAAUCGCAAACAGACGAUGCAACAUAUGAUGAAUAUGACGAAUACACGGACGAGGAUGAUUAUUCUACGAGUUCAAGGUUGACAAUCCAGGAAAAGUUUUCGGAGCCUUUGUCAAGUUCGGAUCAUCAAAAACUGAAAACUUCUCAACAACAAAGUCCCAGUCAAAUACAAACGAUACAGAUCGCCAAGGGAAAUCAGUACGACGUUCACGUCAGUCAAGAUUCAAACGUACCGCAAACAGGCCAUACCCUGCAACCAGGACAAUCUGUUUCAGGAUAUACUAUCCCGACUGGUUUUCGUGGUAGAGUAGUAUCGACCUCUGGUACUAAGACUAUCGCUCAAGGUGAUGGCAAGUCUCAAUCGCAGACUGUAUCUUUGGUACCAAAGGAUCUGAAUAACACUAAAUUGCCCGUCACGGAGACUAGGUCGCUUCAAACCAAUCACGAACGUUAUGUCGGCCGACAUACAUCGAAUAAUAAAAGCCAAGGUUCUUUUAUUAAUCAAAACGUAUCUUCCGAUAAGCGCGCGGGACCUACUCCAGCAGUGGCUAUGAAACCAAGUUACUACACUGUGACUAAUAGUUUUACCGGUAAGAUAAAUGGCAACAACGAGCCGAGAAAGUACGAGCAUCGAUAUUACACAAAGAGUUCCACUUGUGGGUAUUUCACGUUCUCUUGCAAUGUCGUAUACGGUUCCAAUGGCAGAACGAAGAUUUGCAAACCAAAAGUGCCGACGUAUCCCAAUGGCACGCCUAUGAAAUGUUGAAUGAGAUUUAUUCAUCGCGAGAUACGACAAUAAUUACUUUCUAUAAUCGUUUCUGUAAAACAUUAUGCGUUACAUCAUUUUUUUCUUCACCUGUAACAUAAAAAUAAAAUGUAAGUAAGUUGCUUAUAUAUACAAUAUAGAUUAUAGAUCAUAUUUGAAUAUUAAUUGCAUUCGCGCGUACCAUAUUUCGCACUAUAAUUCUUUCUAUCAUAAACUUAAAUAGUAUAUUUUUCGUGCUUUCAACGAAUAAAGUGAAUGUGAAAAUAAAAAAUAUGA